AUGUUGGCCAAACACGUGUUUCACAGGGACAAUAGUGAGUGGUGCACACUUCCUUCGCCCGGCCACAGAACACCAAAAAGAGUUGCUGGUGUAACAAUAGGAAGAAUAUAUUCCACUCCUCUCUUGUACACGCGGCUUAUGAGAUGAACGCUGGUCAAGAAGAACGUCCCCUUCAGCAGCAGGAGGAUCCACAGCCCCCCCACAUGAAAGAGGAAGAGGAGGAUCUCUGGGUUACUCAGGAGGAAGAGUUUCUUCCAGGGCAGGAGGAGGCGGAUCUCAGCAAGUUUCCACUGACUGUUGUCUCUGUGAAGACUGAAGAGCAUGAAGACAAACCACCUGAGUCCUCACAGCUUCAUCACAGUCCAAACGUCUGUGAAAAAUAUCGUCCGCCUGAGCAGCAGGACGGUUCCUCCAGUAUGGAGCAGAAGAGGUCACAGCACCUCCACGUGAAAGAAGAGGAGCCACAGCCCCCCCACUUUAAAGAUGAAGAAAAACAGCGGCUGUCCCCCCACUUCAUAGAGGAAGACAAGAGACACCUGAUCAGUGUGAAGAGUGAAGAUGAUGAGGUCAAAGGUGAGAGUGAACAGAAGUGGAGCUUCAGGAUGCGGACAGAGCAGCCACAGCCCUCUCACAUUAAGAAGGAAGAGGAAUACCUACUGACACCCCAUUUUAAAGAGGAAGAAGCGGUGGAUCCACUGACCUCUCACAUUAAAGACGAAGAGGAGGACCCACUGACCCCUCACAUUAAAGAGGAAGAGGAGGAACACAGCAUCAGUCAAGAAUGGUUGGAGGACUUCCAUGUGAUUGUGAAGAGUGAAGAUGAUGAGGUCAAAGGUGAGAGUGAGGAGAGGGGAGGGGGGGAGCCUCCAAGCAGCAGCUCAACUCAACACAUGACAACAGAAGCUGAUGGAGACCACUGUGGAGGAUCACAAGCAGACAAGCUCUUAGCUCCACUAUCAGAUAGUGAGGACACAACGUCACACUCUCCUGACACUGAUGAUGAAGACUCUAAAGAUGAUAAGACAUGUCACACUGACAACACACACUUCACAUGUUCUCUCUGUGACAAAACUUUUAAAUAUUCUAGUAAAUUGAAAAGACACAUGAGAACACACACUGGAGAAAAACCUUUUUCAUGUUCAAUCUGCGGUAAAAGUUGUACUCAUAGGCAUGAUUUGAAAGUACACAUGAGAAUACACACUGGAGAAAAACCUUUUCCCUGCUCAGAAUGUGGUAAAAGUUUUGUAACAAAUCAAAGUUUAAAAGUACACAUGAGAACACAUACUGGAGAAAAACCUUUUACAUGUUCAGUAUGUUGUAAAAGUUUUAUACAAGGAUAUCAUUUGAAUAUACACAUGAGAACACACACUGGAGAAAAACCUUUUAUAUGUUCAAUCUGCGGUAAAGAUUUUACUUAUACCCCACAACUGAAAAAACACAUGAGAACACACACUGGAGAAAAAACUUUUUCAUGUUCAAUCUGCGGUGAAGAUUUUACUCAUAGGCAACAUUUUAAAACACAUAUGAAAGUACACACUGGAGAAAAGCCUUUUUCAUGUUCAAUCUGUGGUAAAGAUUGUACUCAUAGGCACGUUUUGAAAAUACACAUGAGAAUACACACUGGAGAAAAACCUUUUUCCUGCUCAGAAUGUGGUAAAAGUUUUGUAAGAAAUCACAGUUUAAACGUACAUAUGAGAACACACUCUGGAGAAAAACCUUUUUUAUGUUCAAUCUGCGGCAAAGAUUUUACUUUUACGACACAAUUGAAAAGACACAUGAGAACACACACAGGAUAAAAAUAUUUUGUCCAAGUACCAGUGUAAGAAACACAAGUGUGCUGGUGAGAACAGCAGCAGCAAAUGAAGAUCUAGGAUUUGAAAUAAACUGUCAAAACUUGAACUUUGACUUUCUAACAACAUCAGCACAUAUAACAUGUGUGACAUCAUUGUUGUGUGUGUAACACAAUCUUUUUAAUAUGAUUCUAACAUUUAUAGAUUAGACACUUCAGAUUAGUGCUUUUAUUUCAAUCAAGUACAUGAGUUAAUAUACACAUUUGUGUACUUUAAAAUGAACACAACAAUUUGACUGAAAAGGUGAGAAUAAAUAGUACAUAAAAUAUGUUACAUACAAUAAACAUUUAAUGUGUAGAUAUUCAUAAUUCACAUUUAUACUUAUUCAUACUAGUGUUUUAUAUAUGUUUUUUUGAAUAAUGAAGUGUUACAUAUUUUAUUUUCUAAUUGUAGCUGAUUCUGUUUGCAGCCAUGACUUGAAAGGUUCAUACUGCCACCUACCGGACUGUAGAAUGUAGUGUGGGACAUAGGACAGAAGGAGGACAUUUUGUUAAUAGCCUGUGGAGGGCAGCAAUACACCUAAGAUGUUCUACUAGUCUGCUGGAAAUAGAAAGAAAAAAGAAGAACGAGGGGGAAAUUAAGACGUGGAGAAAUUGAAUUAAUAUUAUUACUACUUAUGACUGAUUUAUUUACUUAAUUCUCAUUUUGUUCGUUUUUAUAUUUAGAUUUUUUUUGUGUUGAAAAUAAAAAUAAAGACGUUUAAAAAAUA